AUGAUAUUCUCUGUUGGCAGCGUUAAUAGUAAUCCAAACGUUCUUCCAAAUAUUUCGCUUGGCUUUAAUAUUUAUGACUCAUGUGCUGGAACAGCAAGGGCACUGGCCAGUACCAUGUCACUGGUGACAGGACGCAAAGCAGAAGUGCCAAAUUAUCGCUGUCACAUGAUGAUCCCACUGGCUGCUGUGAUUGGUGAUGGGCCUCCUCAGAACUCCAUCCACAUGGCUCAGAUACUGUCUCUGUAUGGUUACCCUCAGGUUACAUAUUCUAUCAAGGAAAAUGCUCAGAGUAGUAGCAGGCAGUUGCUGUCUACAUUUCUUGGGCUUGCUCAAACUCUUACAGCUUCCUCUUUUUGUAUACUUCAUGUGUUGGCACAUUUUGGUUGGAGAUGGGUUGGUAUCUUGGCAGACGAAAGUGAUUAUGGCUCACAGCACAGCCAGGGCAUAGCAGAACAGAUUUCCAGGUUUGGUGUUUGCCUAGCUUUUUCAGAAACCAUACCAGUAACAUACAAUGGGAAGAGGACACGCCAAGUUAUCAACAUAAUUAAGAAAUCAACAGCAAGUGUUGUUUUAGCAUUUUCCUAUGGAGAAAGCCUGCAGCCAGUAAUGGAAGAGAUUGCAAGAAGCAACAUCACAGAGAAACUGUGGAUUGCAGUUGAUGGAUGGUACUUCUCUGCCAUGUUUUCUAAUGGAAUAUUCUGGGAAACAUUAAACAGUACUAUUGGAGUUCUCAGCCGCAUUGAAGAGAUACCUAAAUUUAAAGAUUACUUCAAGUACAUUCAACCUUUUAGAUUUCCUAAUGAUAUUUUUAUUAAGGAAUUUUGGGCAAAAAAGUUUCACUGCGAAUGGCAAAACUAUAGUAAAAGUCCAACAGAUGUGAUAUAUGGAGCUGGACCCAAUGUUUGUACAGGAGAAGAGAAAUUACUUGACCUGAGUGUGGAGUCAUUAGAUUAUACAGUUUAUAAUGCAGUCAACAUUAUAGUGCAAGCAUUACAGGACCUACAUGCAUGUAUACCUGGGAAUGGGCCAUUUAAAAACAGAACAUGUGCAGACGUGCAUCAGUAUAAACCAUGGCAGUUACGUUUCUAUGUAAGAAAUGUACAUUUCCAAAAUGCUAUGGGUGAUGAAAUAUACUUUGAUGCUAGUGGAAAUCUGCCUCCAGCUUUUGAUAUCUACAACUGGCAUGUGACUCCGCAAGGCUUACCUAAAAAUAUCAAGAUUGGAAGGUAUCAGGUUACUUCUGCUGAAGAAUCCACUCUGUAUAUUAAUGAUGAGAUUGUGGUGUGGAAAGGAGGACAUCAGAAGGUUCCCAUUUCUAUCUGCUCUGCGAGUUGUUCUCUGGGUUACAGGAAAGCUGACCAGCGGGGACAACCAAAGUGCUGCUUCAUCUGUAUCCCCUGCUCAGAGGGUGAGAUCUCUAACCAGACUGAUUCAGUUGAAUGCAUAAGAUGCCUAGAUGAUCACAUGUCUAAUGAGAGACGAGAUAUGUGUAUUCAGAAGUCUGUGGAGUUCCUUGCUUAUGAAGACCCCUUGGGUGCAACAUUAGCUGCCUUUUCCAUUCUUUUUGCACUGAUGCCUACAGCCAUUCUAAUAAUAUUUUCUCUUUACAAGGAAACCCCCAUUGUUAGAGCCAACAACCGCGAGAUCAGUUAUUUCCUUCUUGUUGCCCUGGUGAUGUGUUGUCUCUGCUGUUUGAUUUUCAUUGGCCGCCCAAAUACAGUGACUUGUUUAAUCCAGCAAACUGUCUUUGGCAUUGUUUUUGCAUUCUGUGUUGGUUGUGUGCUGGCAAAAACCAUUACGGUGGUCAUAGCAUUUAAAGCUACAAAUCCAAAUAGCAGCCUAAAAAAAUGGGUGGGGUCUACAUUACCUAUUACCAUCAUCUUCUGUUGCACACUGUCUCAGAUUAUUCUGUGCAUGGUCUGGCUAUUGACAUCUCCUUCUUUUCCAGAAGCAAACAUGACAUACUUGAGCACAAAAAUUGUAAUUCAGUGUAAUGAAGGUUCCAUUGCUGCAUUCUGGUGCAUGCUGGGAUACAUGGGCUUGCUGUCUUGUGCUAGCUUUGUAAUGGCCUUUCUAGCUAGAAAGUUACCUGAUAGUUUUAAUGAAGCUCAGUUCAUUACCUUUAGUAUGUUGGUGUUUGUUACGGUCUGGAUCUCAUUCAUUCCUGCCUAUCUCAGCACAAAGGGGAAGUACAUGGUUGCCGUGGAGAUAUUUGCUAUCUUAUCUUCCAGUGCCGGUUUGCUCAGCUGUAUAUUUCUACCCAAAUGUUACAUUAUUCUGUUAAGGCCUGAUAUGAAUACCAAAGAAUAUCUCAUGGGGAAAGGAGCUCAUAGCAAUAAGAAAACAAAAACUGGUGACCAUUGA